CACUUCCGGUUCCGAUCUUCCGGUUUCUCUCUGACAAGCUACUUUUCUUAUAUCGCUUAUAUGUCGAAUUUGGCAGUUCAAACUAUUUUGCGCGCAGUAAACAAAAUCAGUGUGUUACGAUACAAACGAAAAACAUAAAAAAUUGUAUGAGACUUAGAUAUAACGGAAAAGGGAAUUCUGUUAGUGUAAUACGAAAGCGAGAUUUCUCGCUUUUAUUAUCUAGUAUUCACGUCAUGGUUGCUAUGAAAAUGUCACUUCACUGGUGAUUCAUUUGUUCAUUAGCUGGCAUUUCUUCUGUUUUUUAAUAGAACAUAAUGAUGAUGGAAGAACCAUUGAGUCAAGGUGCUUCACCAUCUGGUGAUAGUAAUUUUUCUGGAAGCGGAGAAUUAAGUUCCACUACUAUAAUGAGUAUAGAUGAAAGAAUGUUGGAUGUUAGCUCACGGCAUUCUUUAAAUGUUCUUAGAACACCUCCAACCAAGAAGGCAAAACGAGUGAGAUUUUUUAGAAAUGGAGAUAAAUUUUAUACUGGUAUUGUGAUGGCUGUGACUCCAGAAAGAUAUCGCAGUUUUGAUAGUUUAGCAUCGGAUUUAACAAGAGCUUUAAUAUCAAGCGUGACUCUACCUAAUGGUGUUAGAGCAAUUUAUACUAUGGAUGGGAAAAAAGUUCAAAGUAUUAAUGAUUUAGAAGAUGGUAAAUGUUAUGUGGUUUCUGGCCAAGGAGAAAUUUUUAAGAAAGUGGAAUAUUCAUCUACCAAAGUAAGAAGAGGUAGUUCUUUAUCUGGAUUACCUCAAUCUCCAGCAGGUACUGGUAGACAAAUAAGUGCAAUACCACUGUGCGUAAAAGCAAAAAUAGUCACUUUAAUAAGACAUGGUACAAAACCUCGUAAAGUUGUACGUCUUUUACUAAAUAAAAGAAAUGCUCCAAGCUUAGAACACGCAAUGGAAGCAAUUACAGAAGCUGUUAAGUUAGAUUCUGGAGCAGUAAGAAAAGUCUAUACACUCUCAGGGCAACAAGUUACCUCAUUGGAACAAUUUUUUGAAAAUGAUGAUAUCUUUAUAGCUUAUGGGCCUGAGAAGUCAAAUCAGGAAGAUUUUGAAUUAGAUUUUGAAGAAUCUAAGAGUGUGCAAAGCUUCCGAAGAUGUCCAUGGACAUCAAAGAGACAAAUUGGUCCAAUGCCAAGAAUGCCACGUAAAUCUGGAAAAAAAGUGCUUACUACACCUCAAGUGAGGACACCGAGUCCUUCUUCGUUAAUAUUACCACAACCACUACGUUUACACUAUGCAGUAGGACAUGUAAUUGGAGAAGGUAACUUUGCAAUUGUUAGGCAUUGCUCUCAUAAAUCUACAGGUGCAGAAUACGCAAUGAAAAUUGUAGAUAAGUAUAAAUGUCAAGGUAAAGAAACAAUGUGGGCAAGCGAAGUAUCAAUUUUACGACAAGUUUGUCAUCCAAAUAUUAUUAAUUUAAUCGCGGAACAAGAAACUACUGAUCAACUGUUUUUAGUCAUGGAGCUUGUAAAAGGUGGUGAUUUGUUUGAUGCUAUUGCUGCAGCAACAAAAUUUUCCGAAAGUGAGGCUAGUGUAAUGAUUGGACAUUUAACAUCUGCAUUAGCUUACUUGCAUUCACACCAAAUAGUACACCGUGAUGUUAAACCUGAAAACCUUUUAGUUGAAAUGGAUGGAAAUCAUGUUAGAUGUUUAAAGUUAUGCGAUUUUGGACUUGCUCAAGUUGUAAGGGAACCUUUGUACACAGUUUGUGGUACACCUACAUAUGUAGCACCAGAAAUACUUGCAGAAACAGGAUAUGGUUUGAAAAUUGAUGUAUGGGCAGCUGGAGUAAUACUGUAUAUCUUACUUUGUGGCUUUCCACCAUUUGCUUCUCCUGAAAAUAAGCAAGAAGAAUUAUUUGAGCGUAUUUUAAGCGGCCAGUAUGACUUUAGAUCUCCAUUUUGGGAUGAGAUUUCAGAUUCUGCUAAACAAUUAAUAUCGAAUAUGCUCCAAACACAACCUGAAUUGAGAUUUAGUGCAGAAGAUGUACUUGAUCAUCCAUGGCUAGCGCAGAGCUUUCUAGGCGAACAGACCACAGCAUCAACACCUACCAACGCGCCGGAGCAACACUGGUAUCAGCGUGAGCCGAUAAAGUUGGCAAUUUUUGAAUUUGACUUCUUCAAAAAUCCAGUUCAGGGUGAUAAUUCUCAAGAUGAAGUUGGUGAUGCUCCUGAUAGCAGGACAAAUGUUAAAAACAACCGGAGUGAAGUUUUAUCAUCAAUCGAAUCAAACAGCAUUGAUUUAUUUUACAACAAAGUUCAGAAAAAUUAAGUUAUGCCGAAGUUGAUUUUUAUAACGAAAACUCAAAUGAUAAGACUUGUGUCUUCAGUCAAUCAAUGAACGAUCUUAUGAACAAUUUAAAUAAAAACCAAGUUUACUCUACCAUUUAAAAAUCAUCGCAUAGUAAAACUUGUUUGAACAGUAUUCAGAUGGUUAAUUCAGUGUUAUUAGAUAGCUAUUAAAAUACUCUUAGAAUUCAAAUUAUCGUGAAUUGUGAAGAUAAUUCACUUUAAGAACAUAUGUCUACUUCCAAUAGAAAAUAAACUAAUUUCUUUACAAGAAUUCAUAAUAUUUCACGUAUUAUGUUGAAUAUAUGAAUCAGCAGCAUACCUUUAAAAAACUUAGUUCAACUAAUUUUGUGACAAUAGGACAGAAAUAUAAGUAGAAACGUCUAUGAAAAUUUAACGACUUGUGAAAAUAUUGCUCCAACUCUUAAAAGCUAAGAUGUAAAAAAACUAUCAUAGUUUUUUAAUUAAUUGGUAAUUUAAUUAGUAGUAAUAGCGAUAACACGGUUAAGCAACUUUGCAACUAUUCAAUGUUACAUGAAAACAAAGAUCAAGUUCUGAACUCCAAGAUCAAGUAAAAAUUCUGGAAAUGCUAGUUUCUAUUGUGAUCAAGAACCGGAAAAUGAUAGUGUGUGUGAUCUACAUGAAACUAGGUGUGUAAAUGAAGUUUUAUAGUUGAAUCAUACGAAAAGUCUUUUUUAUAAGCAUGAAAAGUAAACAACAGAAGUAUCACAAGCUCCAACAAUUACACACAAUUAUCACAAGCUCUAAGUAAUAUACAACAGCUCCCAAAAGAAUUCGAACGCCUACAUUUGCGACUUUUAACGAGCAAAAUAUAUGUUAAAGUGAAACAUUUGAGACAAUAUUGAAUUUUUUUAAUCUGAAGAUUAUAUCAGUAAAAUUAUGAAAUAUUUUAACGAUAUACACAGUGCAUUUAUUACAAACACGAUUCAUCUGUGGAUCAUAAAAGUAUUCACACGUACAAACGCAUGCAUAUAUUACCAUUGACUAUGUAUUAUCUUAUAUUAACAUUUAGUUCUUUCACCUCUGGCUGUAACAAUAUCUUUAACUUUGUUUUCUAUACUAUGAAGUAAUUUUUUGCGAUAUUUACAAUAGAAUUCCAUAUUUUUAUAAAUCUUUCUUUGAAUACUUCUUUCCUAUUUAUUAUACAUAUAAUUAUGUAAUGACCUACUGAUUUCAGACCAUAAAUGUUAUUUAUAAUCAAUGUCUGGGUUUUAUGAGUAUUUAGGAUGCAGGGUAUAUUAUGUAGUAUCUAUUCUUUUAAGAUUCAGUCCGUAUGCCUCGGAAGUAAGAAUGUAUUAAUAAGCCUAAUUUUUCUGCACUCUGUUUUAGACUCUCUUAACAUAUAUGUAAAUAUGUAUUUCUUAAAAAUUCCAUCGAUAAAUAAUAAAUUUCCAGUACCAUUGGCUGCCACACGACCUCGCACCAUGACAGAAUCAUCUCCAUGCUUUACUGUUCGACGUAAGUUUCGUAUUUCUAUUUCGAUAUUCGAUUUUCUUUACGUAUAAUUGCGUUCAUCUAUUAAAAAAUGUUAGAUUUACUUUCGUUCGUUCUCACUGCUGUGAUUCCAACUUCUUCGUACUCGUAGCUUCUGCAGUUCGAUAAGUACACGUAAGAAUAAUACGGAAUUAGCUAAACAUAAACAAUUUUUUACUUUGUCAUAGAGAUUCGUUGUAAACAUAGUUUAAUUCUAAGCGUUCGAAUACUUUUGUGAUCUAUCAAUAGGUAUAACACUGAAUGCUGAGAAGAUGACUAGGCAAAGAAGUGCGGAUCUGAUUGGUCAUUUCUGAUAGACUCAAUAACACCUACCGAUCUGUGCUUGUAAUUACCAUACUGUAAAUAUUGUAUAUGUCAUUAAAUUGAAUUCUAAUUUUACCGAUAUAAUUUUGAGAUUUCCCUUUUGCUACAGAUAUAUUGCAUUGAAUACGUGCUCCAGUUUAAUGUAUACACAUGUUUCCUGGUUAAAACUUAAGCAUUCGAAUACUUUCGUGAGUCAUUGUAUUUCAAACCUUAGAAACAAUUUAUCAAAGCGAUAUUCAAAUAUGAAAUAGCCAAAAAGUAAUGUAAAUCCAAGAACUGCUGGAAGAAAUAAAAAGUUUAAUCGUUUUUCAUCGUACCACACAGUAGAGAAUUUGGAAUUCGUUGUAAACGAGAGAGUGACUCCUUAUUAUCAGAGUGUGUAGAAAAUGUUUUUCUACAUAUGGAUUGUGAGAUGAAAAACGGAGAGAGAAAGGUAUGGAAACUAAGAAAAAUAUAUAUGCAAGAUUAAUCAGAAAUAUAAUGAAACAUCGUUAGGUAUAAAUAGAUAGAAAGACGACGUUACAACAUAGAAUUCAAUUACAAGAAAAAUAUAAAAUGUCGAAGGUCAGUUUUAGAUAGUACAGCAGCUGCCAGUAGAUGCAAGUUGAGCAAGCAGUGUGUUCACAUCAGAUUUAACAUUGUAAAUCCAAUUUUAACGACCGAUAGAAGAAUAUUAUCGUAAUUAGAUAUAUUUAUACGAUAAAAUACGAAUUAUAUACGUGAAAAUUAUCACGGAACUAAUCCGUUGAAGAGUCCAAAGUUUUAAGUAAUAAUUACUUUAACGUAAGUGCACAAAGUCGAUUUAACCAAGGAGGUGACGUCAUUUGUUCGUAGCUCUCGAAGACAUUGAUCGCGAAUCAAUAAUUCAGAUUAGAACAGGUGAGCAUCACACAUAAACAAGACA